AUGGAAUCCCCCUUCAAACCAGAUAUCCUCAAGGGCAGGGUCGCGCUGGUAACUGGUGGAAGCUCAGGAAUUGGCCUGGAGAUAGCGCGUCAGCUGGGUCUUCACGGCGCCCGUGUCGCCAUCUCCGGUCGGCGCCAGGACGUGUUGGACUCGGCGGUGGCCGCACUGGCCGCGGAGGGCAUCACCGCUUUAGGCCUGCAGGGCGACGUGCGCUCCGCUGCCUCGUGCGAGGGCUGGAUUGCCUCCCUGGAGCAGCGCUGGGGCCCGGGGCUGGAUGUGCUGGUCAACUGCGCGGCGGGGAACUUUUUGGCCACCGCAGAGGAGCUGUCGCCCAACGGCUUCAAGACGGUGAUGGAGAUUGACGCUCUGGGUACCUUCAACACGAGCAGGGCCGCCUUCCCCGCGCUGAAGGCCUCUCGCUGCCCCUCGGGGGCCGCAGUGGUGAACAUCUCCGCCACCCUGCAGUACGGCGCCACCUGGUGGCAGGCGCACGCCUCCGCAGCCAAGUCGGCAGUGGACAGCCUCACUCGCAGCUUGGCGCUUGAGUGGGGCGAGUUUGGGGUGCGGGUGAAUGGCAUUGCGCCCGGACCCAUCGAGGAGACGGCAGGUAUGGCCAAGUUGGCUCCCGGCGCUAAGGAGUUCGUACAGUCCACCAUUCCGCUCCGGAACCAAAUGGGUCGCAAGUGGGAUAUUGCCAUGGCGGUGGUGUUCCUGGCGUCGCCUGCGGCCGCCUUUGUGUCGGGUGAUGUGCUGGUGGUUGACGGAGCAGCCUGGAUGUGGCGGCCUCAGUUGGUGGAGCGGCGGGCGGUGUCCAGGGCGUCCAGGGGGGUGGAGGGGAGGAGCAGGGCGGUGGGGCUGGCAACGGAGGAGAAGGCCGGAGGGGGAGCUGGGGCUGGGGGCCCGGUCAGCAAACUGUGA